AUGGCCAACUCCACAAUGGUCUGUCGAACAAGCCAAACAGCUAUUGUUUCGAUAACAGCGCCUGGCACGAGAAUUUAUGAAGGUAAUAGUACAAAAAGUAGACGACUCGCACGACAAUUGAAUGAAUUCGCGGCUAAUUUGAUUCAGAAGUAUCCUAAAAAAUUUGGUUUUUGCGCAACUCUUCCAUCCUUCAUCGAUGUUGAAGGAGUCAUCGAGGAAAUCAAUCAUACUCAUUCAGUUUUCAAACCCGACGGAUUUAUAGUUUACACUAGUUAUGGAAAAGGUCAAUAUCUCGGUCAUCCAUCAUUUCUGCCGAUCUGGAAAAAGUUCAACGAGCUACAGACUGUCGCCUUCAUUCAUCCAAGUGAAGCACCAACUCCUAUUGGCAAUCGUUACGCACCAUACAACCAUUAUACUUGA